AUGACGAAUCCUUCAGUCUACGAUGACAUCUUCUAUGCCAUUUCCUCGGGCGAUAGCGGCCUCCUCCAGGCAUUAUUAGCCAGUGGCAUCUCUCCAGAUGUCGAGAAUAAUAAAGGCGAAAGAGCACUCACUGUUGCCGCAAGGGCUAGCCUGCCAAAAAUGGUUUCAGUACUCCUGAAAGCCGGUGCAAAGCCCUCGAUGACAGAUCGCGAGGAGAAAUCGCCUCUUGCGACAGCAGUGGUGGCAGGGAAUUUGGAAGUCGUGCAAACAAUUUUAGAGUUUGAUGGCGUAGCGAGAAAGGACAGACAGGUCGCGAUGAUGGAAGCCAUCAAAUUAGGUAGACCUCUUCAGAUGAUCGAGCUUCUGCUCCGUCUCCCAGACGACUUCCAAAUCGAAUGGUCAGAAAGCGGGAUCGACCUCCUCGGCUGGGCUGUCCAAGAAGGACAUAUCCCGGCCGCAAAGUUGCUUCUGGCACGAGGAAUUCUUCUUACAAAACCCCGUUCAAACUGGACUUCUGCGCUGCACAUCGCUGCAGCAAAGGGGUUUCUGGAAUUGGUGCAGAUGAUGGUCGAAGCCGGGGCAGAUAUCACUGCACGUAAUGGGAAAGGCUUAACGCCGUUGAUGGUCGCUUGCUACAAUAAGCAGCGGGUGGUGGCUGCGUACCUUACAGAGCAGAUGCGUCGGAAAGAUCUAGAUAUUCACGACAGUCGCAAGCUUACCGCCGUGCAUUACGCGAUCAUGAUGGCUAAAGACAUUAACAUGGUGCGGUUUCUGCUGGAUCGAGGUGCGGACCCAAACCUCUGCCCUCCGACCGCGUUCAGUGCGCUGUAUGCUGCAAUUUGUGCAAACUGUCCAGACAUAGCUGGCUGCCUCCUCGAUGCUUGGGCGAGACCUGCCAAUGAUCGAGAAAUACGCGAAAUCUGGUAUAUUACUAUCACUAGAGAUUUUCGCGGCUUGAUAUCGCGUCUGAUCGACAAUGAGGUUGACCCCAACAUCACCAUUCUCCACGGAUACACGCCCUUACAUCUCGCUGUUCAGCAAAACCGGUCUGAUGCGGUUGAAGAACUCCUCAAAGGCGGUGCGAAUCCUAACUGUGUCAUCGAUAUGUUUCAGCUGUCACCACUGCAUAUGGCAUCCUCUCAAGGUCUAGGCCAGAUUACAAGUCAGCUGCUAGAGAGCGGCGCCGACGUCAAUGCGCAAGCGUUUGAUGGAGCGACGCCCAUACUCCACGCGGCACGGAGCUUGCGAGGAGACAUCGUCAAAAUCCUUCUACAUUCUGGGGGUAAUCCAGACCUGGCAGAUGCCUACGGACUGACAGUUUUCAACUUCGCAAGAGGCAAUGCAGCGAUUGAAAAGUUGAUCAAGGAAUCAUCCGAUCUACUCAAGACUUCAUCGGAACGUGUUGUCGAAGACACACCACCUCCCCCACUGUUACCUCAGAACUUCCAGGCAAUGUACUAUGCCGCUUUCGACGGCGUAGGCAAACUAUCACUGACCGAUGAUGAGCUCUAUCUGGAAGUUUACAAGGACUGGACAAAGACUGUGUUCGAGAUGACCCUCUUUCUCAGCGCACGGACGAAAACCGAAACGCUGCUUCGGCCCCUUUAUUUAGCUUAUGCGGACAGGUGGUAUUCACUAUUCAAAGAAAAACUCAGUCUUCUCUGCAGGUGGUGCCAGGGGAGCACGUCGGAUGAAAUAUACCAGUGUGAAUCCUGCAUUGCCGUCACGAUCUGCGGCCGUUGUGCUAAUCGGUAUAGCCGAGGGGAUGCUUUUGAGGGUUGUCAGGGACAUCAUUUGUGGCGCAUUUCAUUGGAGCUCAACCAUGGCAAUGGCCAGAUAGUAUCCUCGCACCAGACGAUUCAACAUUCGACUGAAAUCUCGUCAGAUACCCCUGAGGAAGCUUCUACCACAAACCCUCCGCUAGCACCGUCAGGCAAAACUCCGAGCAUUUCCAGGGCCCAGUUAAUAGAAGUCAAUAAACAGGACGAAAUCCCAAUCGAAGCUACACAAUGGAUCGAGCUCAAGAAGUGGGAAACUAUCACUGAGCUCGACACUGCCAUCAAAAACAAAGAGUCCCAGCUGCGGCAUCCUGACGAUUGUGACCUAACAGACGUAGAAAGUUACUGGACGUAUUCCCUUUGGCUGUUUCAGCGUUAUAUGAUGGAUCCGAACCCAGACGCCCUGAGCAAACUUACUGCCGCUGCUGCAAACACAAAGUUGCUCGUCCAGAAGACAACCGCUGAAAAGAGAGAAAUUUAUUAUCUGACCGCACGAGCGAAAGCUUUCACGUUUAUGCGCAUGCCGACAACCCCAACGAGCUGUGCUGAAGCUUUGCAGGAAGUGCGAGAGGGUAUACGCGUAUGUCCUCCCCACACUGUAGAGAGGCAGAUACUGGUGUCGAUUUUCGUCGUGGUUAUCUCUACCCUUUUGAAAACCAAGCCACAAAGCGUGCCCUGUUUGGAAGAUUGUCUUGCUUUCACGAAGGAGGCCUUGACGAAUUCACAAUCUCAAGACACCUCUAAAUGCCCGGAAGAUCUUGUGGCAACUAGCUGCGAACUGACUCUCGCAUCCUUAUUUACCCUAAGACACAGACAAUGCCAUGCCAGAAGUGACCUCGAAAACGCGAUCAAACACAUGAAAAACGCACUGAUGAGGCCGAAUGCGGAAGAAGGAGAUGUAGAUGUCGAUGCACUCCUGGAACUGAGCGAUCUGCUGGACGAACUCUACGAGGAAACAGGAGCCAAGCAGUCUCUCGAUGAAGCGAUUUUCUCCCUGAGAAGGAUCUUUAACCUCGACACGGUUUCUCUUGCUGAUAUUAUUCACGCGAAAAAUAACUGCGCGUACUACCUGCGGAAGCGAUACGUCCUGACAGCAAACCUCUCCGACCUUUCAGACGCCUUAAAGCUGGCCGAGGAAACUCUGCGACUUUUCGAAGACAAGAGGAUCAAGGGAUCGCUUGCGCACGCCGCCGCCCUGACAAACAUAGCGAACAUACUGGAUCAUCGCUACAAUCGGCUCAAGGAUAGAGCAGACCUGGAAAGCUCGAUGACCUAUGAGCGAGAAGCAUUGGCCGUGACCGGUAUUUCUCCCAGUGAGAGAGCAGUCAAACUGUCGAAUCUAGCUCAAAGAUACAAGAUGCGGUACGAGCAAUAUGGAGUUCUAGAGGAUGUCGAGCUAGGAAUAUCUCUCGCGAAAGAGGCUCUCUGUAUCCGAAAAAUUGGGCGUGAAGCCCAACAGCUAACGAUCAACUCGCUCUGCAAUCUCCUGAACCUUCGAGCUGACCGCUUGGAGUCAUCUCAUGAAGACUAUAAAAGAAUCGUUCGUCUCCGAAAGAUCGCAGUCGGACUCUCCUCGGCGGCGUCCUGCGCAAUCAAUUUCCACAAUCUUGCCGUCGAUCUCACGAAGCGAUACCACAAGUUCUCUGAUGAGAAGGAUCUCCAUGACAGCAUCCGCUAUGGCUUCAAGGCCUUACGGUGCUGCUCACUCUUCGACUGCAAUCGAUCCAUGUAUCUUUCCUCUCUGGCAGCCCGCUUUCAGUUGCUUGUGAAUAUCUCCAAGAGAGCAUCCGAUUACGACAUCGCGAUUGGUCUCUUCGAAGCGGCCCUUGCCUGUCCCCUGAAGUCGGAGCUUGCCUAUUUGGGGCUAUCGACAACUCUGCAAUUGCGGUGGUCCGAAGCCGGGAUAUUGAACGACAAGGACCUACGCUCGGCGCUAAAAUCUCUGGAGUUAGGAUUAGCCCAGUCGACCGCUCCGGUCAAGAUUCGGAUCCUGUAUGGAGUUUGUGCCGCCAAGCUCGCCCUGCAACUGGACGAUGCAGAUCGAGCGGUCGCAUUAUCCAGAGAGGUGAUUGGCUUCCUGCCAACAGCGCAUUAUCCGUUGACAGAUCGAGGCGAUAUUGAAUAUACUCUCAAGUCCCUUCGGGGAUUUGAUACCGUUGCCGCGGCAGCCCUCUUAAAAGCAGGAUAUCCACCUGCGCGGGCCAUCGAAAGCAAUGAAGCUUCCCGUGGAGUGAUCGCACACUUGACGUUGUCAGCGAGGCCAGAAUCAGGUGUCUCGUCCACUGAUACACUGGAUAACCCAACGCUGACAGCACAGACAUUUGACCCAACAGCUCCCGAUCUGGUCGAAAUCUCACGCGGCGUCAUCAUCAUCGACUUUGCGAUUUCGGACUCCAAAUGCUUUGCUAUUAUCCUCCGAGACGGCAAGAUCCGCCAUAUGGGACUCCCUGACCUACAAUUAAGACAUGUCAAGGAGGCAGGGAAGGACAUAGCUGGUCCCAAUCGUAUCAGUUUGCCCCGUGCAGGAAACGCACAAGAACGGAAUGGUCGACUGUCGCGUUUACUGUUGUGGCUUUGGAGGGCAGUAGUGAAGCCGCUCUUCUCGGCUGAGGCCCUGCUUCGACAGAAGGAAGACACGAAUCCACUGCCCCAUGUAUGUUGGAUUUCUAGCGGUCUGAUGGGGUUGAUGCCGUUCCACGCUGCCGGGGAUGACAACCUCGGAUCUAUGGAGAAUACGAUGGACCAUGUCGUGUCGUCGUAUGUGCCUAGUCUUCGGAUUCUGCAACAUGCUCGAGCGCGACGGCGUCAGCUGCGUCAACUCGAACAGCCGCGAACUUUAUUCAUAGGAGCAGCCAAGGUCGUCGGACACGACGACCUGUCAGCUUCGGUGAGUGCUGAUCGACAAGUAAUCCAGCAACAUUACCCCAGUACGGAUGUCCUCCUGUCUCCAUCCGCGGAAGAGGCACUGGCAAACAUGCAGCUAGCAAAUAUCUGCCAUUGCACCUGUCAUGGUGAAAUGGACCCGAAAGAUCCCUCGAACGGGCGAUUGAUCCUCGGCUCGGAUCCAGCAGAUUUCUUAACAAUCAAGACAUUGAGCAGCCAUUCUCUCGCCAAUAUGCAUUUGAUUUAUCUUGCUGCCUGCUCGACGGCAGAAAACGGGGCUGAAGAACUGCUCACAGAAGUGGUGCAUCUGGCCAGCGCCUUCCAACUGGUCGGCGUUCCCCACGUCAUUGCCACUUUGUGGCCGUCGCUAGCAACGUCCUCGUCGCCCGUUGUGAAACGCUUCUAUAGUCACCUCGCACAUCUUAAAGAUUCUGGUCUCGAUGCCAUCGGACUUGCACUGCAUCGGUCAGUCGCUGAGUUGCGGAGGGAUUGGCGCAAUGAUCCACUGGCCUGGGCCCCGUUCGUUCACUUUGGUCCAGACUGCCAGUAG